AUGUUUAGAAGGGGGUAUCCAGUAUAUAAAGCAGUCUCCAAUUCUCUUGUAAGAAAGCAUAUCAGUGGUGUAAGAGUAUAUUCAACAAUGAGCAAAACAGAAGAAGAAUGGAGAGCAAUUCUCUCCCCAGCGCAAUUCAAAAUCCUAAGACAACAAGGUACUGAAGCCCCAUAUUCAGGAGAAUAUACUAAGACUCCUGCUUCUGAAAAGGGUGUUUACCUGUGUGCCGGGUGUCUGCAGCCAUUGUACAAGGCACUGACUAAAUUUAGCGCUCAUUGUGGAUGGCCAGCCUUUUACCUGGCCAUUCCUGGGUCAAUUCGUGUCUUGCGAGAUGAGUCCCACGGUAUGGUUAGAGAAGAAAUGAGAUGCUCCAAAUGUGAUGGACAUUUGGGUCACAUUUUCAAAGGAGAGGGUUAUAAGACUCCAACAGAUGAAAGACAUUGUGUUAACAGCAUUAGUUUGAAAUUAGAUGAAAAGGCAGAGCAAGGAAGUUUGUAG